AUGAAGGACUAUGGAGAUGUUGUCUAUAAAGAACAUUCUACGAGGUUACCUCCGGAUACAAGUGUACUUCAUGAGAUUUACUUGGUUUCAGGAACCAAACACUAUGUGACGCGACAGUGGCCGCUGAUACAAGAACAAUAUGACGUCAUUGACGAGUUCUUUAGUGCAAGGCACGCGGCUAGCAUGGUGCGUGAAAGUAAUUCUCCUUUUGCUACGCCCACGUUUUGUGUGCAGAAGCCUAAUGGGAAGUGGCGAAUAGUGCAUGCUUACAAGAAGCUGAAUGCAGCCAAUGUCCCUGCUCAAACACCGAUUCCUCGCAAGGAUGUUUUUCAGAACAAUAUGGUGGGAUGUACGAUGUACAGUGCCCUCAACUUAGUCGAUGGAUACUACCAACUACUCAUGCGAGCUAGUGAUAUCCCGUUGACAGCGGUCAGUACUCCAAGCGGUAUGCUCUGGGAGUGGUUAGUGAUGCUGUCUAAUGCACCUGCAAAGCUCAAUCGUCUGGUGAUGCAAUUGUUUUGGCCCCAUAGGGUGUAUGCAGAGACAUACUGUGACGAUAUAUUCGUCCAUAGUCGAGCCUAA